AUGGCGUCCUCCUCCUCCUCCUCCGCCUCGUCGGCGGCGGCCGCGGCAGCGUAUCCCAGAACCACGCUCCCACUGCGGCGGCGCCCGGGCCUGCUAGCCCUCUUCCUCAUCCUCCUCUGCUUCCUCUCCUUCCAGGUCGUGAUCCAUGUGCCUGCCACCAGAUCAGCGGUGUCGCAGUGGCUCUUCUCGGGUCACCGAGCCGACCAUGGGACUCGCGACAACUGCCCUGGCUGCAGCAAGUUACAGGAUGUGGACAAAGCUGAAAAGACGAUUGCGUCCACUGACCAGCAUGGCCGGAUCAAGCUGUUCAAAAUCACCGCCAGAGAAUUCGGUUCGUCCUCUAUCUGGGAGAACCCUUGGUUGCCCAGAGAUAGGCAGCCGGUAGCCGGAACAUUGCGCCAGCAAGAGGCUGCCAGGGAUCGUCUACUCGCCAGUGGAUCAGAAACCACCAAUCUUUCAAGUACUGAAACUCUGGCUACUACAAAUGUCGAUCCGAUUAAAUUAAGGCGACAGGUAUUUCGACGUAGAAGAAAGAUGCGGAGGGUUCAGGAGCUGCUUCAGAUGGAUAAGAAGGUUGAACUUGACAUGAGGAAUGCAGCAAUAAAUAGCUCAAGGAACUUUAAUAAUAAAGUUAGAGGCAGCUACAACAUAUGGAGGCCGGAGUUCCGCUUUAUUAAUACAGAUUCAACACUAAGGCUCAUGAAAGAUCAGAUAAUAAUGGCCAAGUUAUAUGCCACUCUUGCACUCUCCCAGAAGGAACCAGACAUGUAUGCCUUGCUCAUGAAGUGCAUAAAAGAAAGCCAAACAGCUAUCGGGGAUGCACUUAUUGACAGUGAACUCGAUUCUAGUGCCUUAGAGAGAGCAAAAGCAAUGGGGCAUGUGCUGUCUUCGGCUAGAGAUGUUCUGUACAGCUCGGGUGAAGUGUCAAGAAAAUUGCGUGUUAUGUUGCAGUCAACGGAACUAAAUAUCGAUGCAGUGAAGAAACAGAACUCAUUUCUGGUUCAGCAUGCUGCGAAGACUGUCCCCAUGCCCUUGCACUGUCUACAUAUGCAGCUGACAACUGAUUAUUAUUUUCGUGAUGACGUGACCAAGGAGCAUUUUGAUGAUGAUGCUUUGAAGGCGGAACAAUAUAAAGAAAAACUUGAGGACCAAUCACUCUAUCACUAUGCUAUAUUUUCUGAUAACGUGCUUGCAGCCUCAGUAGUUGUCAGAUCAACUGUGACAAAUGCCAAUGAACCAGAGAAGCACGUGUUCCACAUUGUCACUGAUAGACUUAAUUUUGCAGCCAUGAAGAUGUGGUUCAUUACUCAUCCUCCUCAACUGGCAACUGUUCAUGUGGAGAACAUAGACAAUUUCAAAUGGCUCAAUUCGUCAUACUGUUCUGUUCUUCGGCAACUGGAGUCAGCUCGCCUCAAAGAAUAUUACUUCAAAGCACACAAUCCAUCAUCACUCUCUGAUGGAAACGAGAAUCUGAAAUACAGGAACCCAAAAUAUCUGUCCAUGCUCAACCAUUUGAGAUUCUACAUGCCAGAAAUUCACCCGAAGCUUGAGAAGAUACUGUUUCUUGAUGAUGAUGUUGUUGUACAGAAGGAUUUGACAUCCCUUUGGGAUAUUGAUCUUAAAGGGAUGGUAAAUGGCGCUGUGGAAACCUGUAAAGAGAGUUUCCAUCGCUUUGACACUUAUCUCAACUUCUCUCACCCAAAGAUCUCAGAGAACUUCGAUCCACAUGCUUGUGGGUGGGCUUUCGGAAUGAACAUGUUUGACCUCAAGGAGUGGAAGAAGCGAAAUAUCACUGGAAUAUACCAUUAUUGGCAAGAUUUGAAUGAGGAUCGUAAGCUGUGGAAGCUGGGUACAUUGCCUCCAGGUUUAAUUACUUUCUACAACCUGACAUACCCGUUGAAUCGUACUUGGCAUGUCUUGGGCCUGGGCUAUGAUCCAGCUGUUGACAUUGCUGAGAUCGAUAAUGCUGCAGUAGUUCAUUACAAUGGGAAUUAUAAGCCCUGGCUUGACCUUGCCAUUUCCAAGUACAAGACAUACUGGUCCAAGUAUGUAGAUGUUGACAACUCACAUGUUCAGCAUUGCUACGAAGGCAAACAAUGA